CAAUUGCUUUACUGUAACUUCAAAUUACUGUUUUGAAUUUAUUGACAUUCAUAAAGAGAUCAAAGAAACAGAAAAAAUCAACACCUAUGUUUGCGAUACAGUCUUCACGGUCGAUCAGAGCUACCGAAGAUUAAGAUUAAGAAGUGGAGCACUGGCGAACCUAAGCAGAGGGUGUUGGCGUGUUCGAGAGCAGCCAUGGAAGAAGAGGCGCUGGAAGCGUUUCAGGAGGACCUGGAAAGGUUAGGGUCUGAAUCAGGCAGCUCAGAGCCUCAUAGUGAAAAGCCUGAAGUGGAGGCUCCUUCGGCCGCUGACAAUGACUCGGACGCGUGGAUCGAGGGUGUCACAGAUGAUGGGCUCACCUACUACUACAACACGCUGACAGGAGAGGCUCAGUGGGAAAAACCAGAGGGAUUCCCAACGGAGAGCACAACUGCUGCACAAACAGAACCACAAAAUGAGAAGUCUUCAAGCUGCCCGUGGAUGGAGGCUUUGAGCCCAGACGGAUAUACGUACUACUAUAACACGGAAACUGGGGAGUCCAGCUGGGCUAAGCCUGCAGACUACUCUGACCCUGACGAGCGUGAUAGUAAUGGGGGAGCAGAGGGGCGGUCCGACUCCCCGUUCCCCCCGCCGGAGCCCCUGUCAGGGGAGGACAGGGGAUCCGAGAGCAGCUCGGGCAGAGCGUCAGACGUGGUGGAGUUUGGAGAGCCCGAGGUCCCUGAGAAAAGAGAAGAGGAGAAUUUGCAGGGAGAGGAAGAGGAGAAGAAUGAAAAUGAUGAUGGUGAUGAUAACGAUGUGGAUGAGAAGGCCAGACCUGCUACUCCAAAAGAUAAGGAGGAGGAGGAUGUGACCCCAGCAAAGAAACCCCGGAACAUCGAACCCCUUGAGAAGAGUGAGGAAGAACAGGGCUCAAAUGAGCAGGGGGAUCUGCUGCCACCCAGGGUGGAGAGUGAGCCUGCUGCCACAGUAGCCACAACUCAGCCACGGGAGCGCAGGUCUCGGGGGAGGGGCAGCGCUGUCACCCCAAUGGAGGACAGGGGCAGCACACGAGAGUCCCUCAGGAAGAGGAAGGUGGAAAAUGGCAAGUCCAGGGCCACUCAGAGGGGCAAGUAGGAAUGAGUCCGGUGUGUCCUUUUAUGAUGCGGACAGUUGGAUUACGACAUGGGACAUGUCACAACAAUCUUUUGGCAGGCUGGGAAUAGUCUCUUUUUUGGAGGAAGAUUUUAUUCUCCAGUUUCACAGCUGGUCUGACUGGAAGAGUCCAUUUUUCACUUGGAUCCUUUUUGAUGUCAUUUUGCUUGUUACACAAUCUCUACGAGCAGUUUGUGGGUUUGUUUUUUUUGUAUUUUGAAUAACUUAUAAUUAAUUGCACAUUUUAUCUAGUUCUGAAAUUAUACACAAUAAUGGAUUUUAAAUUACAACAGUGAUGGAACAGCACCAUUUUCCCCAGAAGGACAAUCCAUAACAUAUAUAGUAGGUGAUAGAAUAUCUUUAUAGUGUGCUAAUUCUGAAGAAUAUGUAGACUAAUUUCUGUGUAAUAAUGAUAUGUAGUCCCUGAGUGAAUAUUUUUGGUUCUUUCUCUGAUGUUGUUAUUUGCAACAUGAGAAUCUUUUUGAUGUCCCAGCCAGCUCUAAAAACAGAACUGUGUUGAAUAAAUGUUUGGCUCAUUUUGUCACCAGUCCA